AUGUCAGCCACUAACCUAGCUCCUACUUACCAUGGAUAUAUUGGAUCCACUAAAGAUGCAUUAUUGAUCAUUUAUCAAGCGCUAAAUCAACAAUUGGAAUUAGUGCCACGUCGGCCACAUGAGCGAGAACGACCAGAGUUGAUAAAAUCGGGGAAUGUGUUUGUGUUUAUCGAGGAACAUUCGGGGAUCAAACGAUGGACUGAUGGUACAUCGUGGUCGCCGUCGCGUAUUUUGGGAAGAUUUUUGGUUUACCGUGAAUUGGAUAAAUCUGGUUUCACAGAGAAGGAUGACAAGAAGAAGAAGAAACGCAAGUCAAGUUUGAAAUAUGACCAAUCACAACGAGACGGCACCGACUCUUCCAGUACUGGCUCGAAUAGUAUCAGAGAUGGCGACAGUGCCUCUGUAUCAAAUGCACAACUUCAACAACCACGACCUGCAAUGCUGACUUUGUCCAGUACUCAAAGCAUGCGAGAACAACAAGUCGCACAAGAAUUGAUACCACCAAACACAAUCCCAGCCUCAAACACAUAUAGUAGUGCUGAUUAUAACAAAAGUUUGCUAAGUGGGCCAUUGGUUACGUCAUACGUCUUUAAAGAUCAAGGAUUGAUUAAAAAGACAUUGUCGUUGACCACCACCACAAGUGAUCUCCAUUUGGAUAAAUUGAAUGAAAGACAAACUAUACAUUUGAUCAGUUACUACAAUGCUCAAGAAGUUAUGAAUGGGAAGCUACUUCGCCCCUCUGAGUCUGACUUCAAAGAUGUUGUGAUUCCAGCAAGCUUGUGGACUGCGGUGAAAGAUAGCUCGUUGGGUGGAAAAAUCCCAAUUGAAGAUGAAGCUUUUUAUUUUCUUGAUGGGAACUAUCAAUUGCAGAGUAUGUUGCAACUGCAGCUGCAACUGCAACAACAACAACAACCGACGCAUCAACAACGACAACCACUAUCUAUUCUGGGGGCUGGUGUGGGUGGUGGGGCUCUGACUGCUACCAAGCUCUCCUAUGGCAAGUAUGGUGGGCCAUUAUCACAACAACCACAACAAUUUCAACCGCGCUUGGGACAACAAUUGCCCAUGGGAAUGGGACCACAGAAUCAACAUCAAAGUGAAAUGUUGCUAGUGAAGCGUGAUGAGGAGGAUAACGCACCAGCAGCUGUAAAUGAUUUGAAUUUCAUAAAUCCAUUCAGUGGAACACAACAACAGGUGCCCAUAUAUGGCAGCUCAUUGGGUUUCAUGUCCAAUAAUGGCAAUACUUACAAUUAUCUGAUGCAAGGCCAAGGACAGCCUCAUGGGCAAGGACAAGGAUAUCCUCAAUCUCAAUACAACCAGUUUUUGCAACACAACCCAUCUCAAAUGAAUAAUACCCCAGACGGGUAUCCUCAACACUUUCAUCCUGGUUAUCCACAAUCGCAACUGCAACCGCAACUGCAACUGCAACCGCAACUGCAACUGCAACUGCAACACUCAUUUGGUCACCAACAUCAAUCUACAACCUUCAACGCAUCUUCUGCAUUUCAACCGCCGCUUCCGCAAGGAUCAACUACGAAACCAUCAACUUCAAUGCAAAUGGGUAUGGUUUCCGGCACCAAUGCUCCAUCAACCAACGCAAGUAUGAAUCCAGUAUCCCAUUAUCGGUUAAACUCAGGAUCGUCGGUUGAUCAAUACUCAAUUGGCAAUAACAACUCCGUCUCGUCAAUAACUAGUGGCGGGAUGCACCCAGGUGGCUUGUCCAAUACUACCAGCACCAGCAGUGUCUUGACAGCUAACUCGAGUUUUUCCGGACCAGCUGGGUCGAGAAAGUUUAGCCAGCAAUCGUCUGGUGGGCAAGUUCCAACCAUGAAACACUUGAAGCCGAGUAAUUUCACUCCCAUGGGCCAAGGAUUUGGUGCAACAAGUAACAAUUCAAACACAGUCACCCCAUCAGCCUCAUUGAGUGGAGUAUCUACUGAAGGUGCGCUGGCCAUACCUCAAGCAAGCUCAAGUGACCUGGACGCAACACUAGUACAUCCGGGCCAGUUUAUGAACCAGUACCCUCAACAGCAACACCAUCAACUGCCACAGCAACUCCAACCACAGGUUCACCCCCAACAUCAAUAUCCACAACACCCUCACCAAGCACACUAUCAGCUGCCACACCAACAACAGCUUCAAAAGUGGAGCAAUUCGCCACAACAAAACCAAUCACCACAUUUGCAGCAAAGCGGUAAUGGCAAUGGCAAUGGACACGGCACUAAUGGUGCCGGCUUCGAGGAUGUGACAAACUCUACAGCUGGAGGCACGGCUGGUCAACAGAGUUCCUACUAUCCUACAUCCUUACAUGGUCAACGAUUCUAG